AGCAAAGCCCAAUGCUAUAUGAUGCUUUCUUCUUCAGGAAGACCAGAAGCCGUAUUAAGCAGUUGAAUUUGUUCGUCCUCUCUGUGCCCUACUGCUAGGAAACAUAAAGAUUCAAAGAUGGCUUCUUGGGGGGCUUCAAUACCAUGUGGAGGAUCCUUUACUCAGAGAUGUGAAAACCCUCCAAGAAGGUUUCGAAUUACAAAGGCAACUUUGAUGAAAAGAGUACAAUGGUACCUUGUCGAGGGUUGGACUUCUGUGGAGUGCAGAAUUGGGGACAAACAGCCAGUUUACUUAUGUUCAUUGAACCAAGGUUCAGUUUCCCUUGAGGUUGAAUUUGAGGAGUCUGAAGAUAUCAUUUUCAGAGCUAGAGGUUAUCGAGGAGUUCGUCUUUCUGGUUAUUAUGUUAGUCAAAGUACUGAAACUGACUUAUGUGAAGUAAAAGCUGCUGAAGAUGCUAGAAGCUAUUACAAUGCUCUCAGGCCAUGCAAAUGCAUGGAAACUUGUACAAACGGAGCUAUGUUAGAGUUAGAAAAUGAUAAGGUUGAGAGCACCAAGCAUCUUGAAAAUGGCACUGACAACAAUGUAGAAGGAUCGAGAUCAUGUAAUAUUCAGAAAGAUGAGAUAUGUGAAGGUGAGGUUGUGCAUAGCAAGCAUCUUGAGGACAUUGCUAGUGAUAUGGAAGUCAUUGUCGAACUUGAAAGUGUGAAGGUUGCAACCGUCAAGCAUCUUGAGGAUGACAUUGCUGAUACAGCUGGGUUAAGAAAUAAUGAGGUGGAUUGUGUGCAUCAUCUUGAGGAGGAUAUCGUGAGUGAUGUGGAAGGUUCUGAGCAGCAAAUUGCCAUUGUUGAGAGGACAUGUGAUGUUCAAAUUGAUGAAGCCGUCCAAGAUGCUGAUAUUCUUGGAAGGUCGGGAGAGGAGUUUUGCAAUGAAGAUUAGUUUACUGUUUUGCCAAAUGCCAACCCUGAUAGGUAGGCAUUUGCAUAUGGGUGGAUUAGUUUUUUAUAUUUUUAUUUUGUGCCGCUUUUGUUGUCGAUCUAUUUUAGGAAUCUUCUUAAUGUCAUGUCAAAACAUUUUCAACUUAUUUGAGAAUCCCAUCACAAAUUUGGUUGACAUAUAUAAAAAAAAGAAAAGGCAGUUUCAAUGCUUGAAACUUCAAGUCUCGCCA